AUGACAAAGAAAGAAAAGUGUGCAUGCAUCAGAUCCAAACUAGCGAAAGAUCUGGAAGACGUUCAUAUCCAGAAGAUCAAGGAGUUAAAAAUUUCCGAAAUUGAUGCAAAAAGAAAGGCCAUAUUUUAUUGGAAAAAGUGGAAACAAACACAGAGUCUAUCACAGUCGCACAGUGGCUGUUGCAGGUGAUACUAUGUAAAAAAAAAAACAACAAAACAAAGCAAACGAACAAAGAAAAUCCUCCCACUCCUCCAAGAAGUAAAACAAUGCAGGGAAUUUCCAUCUUAUUUUUCUGGGCAUGAAUGUAGACAAAGGAAAUAUAUAAAAGAAAAUUCACCAGCCAUUCCUCCAAAAGCCAAUAAAUUUUUACAAUAUAUCUGGCAAUUACAAUUUUUGAUAUAGGGAGUAGCUUUGCAAAAGAGAUUGAGUAAAGACUGAUUUAUUACCUUUUUUUUCACGAUGGAGUUUUUCUGAAAUAUCUUAUGGUGAUACUAUUUACUCCCAAGAAAAUCAACAAAGACUACUUGACAGAUGCUAAUAGCAAUGGUGAAGUUCUUGGAGCUGGUGUUUUUGGCAUUUGCUCAAAGAAAACCUACAGGGGAGUAACAGUCACUGUAAAGGAAUUUAAGGAGAAUGUUAGCCUCUCUCUUGUUACUCAUGAGGCAUCUGUUCUUGCUAAAAUGGAACAUCCAGGUAGUGCAGCUAGAGUAAAAGUCAGAUAUAAAUAAUUUCUUUCUUCUUAUUUUAAAGAGACUUAUUUUCUUUUCCUUUUAUAUUGUCUUAUUUUGUUUCCUUAAUUGCUAUUUGCUAUUGCUUACAGCAACUACAAUAAGUCUUUGAGAUCUCAUUUGUAGAUCGUUUUUUCAAUUGCAGGUUUGCCUUUGUUGUUUGGAUGCUGCACUGAAACAAAACCCUACAUUAUUGUAACCCAGUUCCAUGGGAUAGAGGGUCACUGUGUGACAUUUAAAUCUCUUGUGCUAAGAAAUAUCAGUGACCCUCAAAGUGAAUGGUGCCGAAUUAUGUGUGAGUGUGUAGAUGCCUUAUACUAUAUUCAUUCUAAAGAAUACCUCCAUAAUGAUUUAAAGGGUGACAAUGUAAUUAUUAAUGAAAAGAGUAACAGUUUACACACAGUAAUUAUAGAUUUUGGUAAGUGUUCGACAAUAGCUGGAGGAAAACUCUAUCACCUUUCUCCAAGAGAUCAGGAAAAGUAUAGAAAGUAUCAUGAGCAUAUAGCUCCUGAGGUUGUGAGGGGAACUCACCCUCCGUCUACAGCUAGUGAUAUUUAUGCAUUUGGACUCUUACUGUCUUUACUGUGUAAGAAUAAGCCUUAUGAGCCUCUUCGCGAGCUGGCUUUUGCCUGCAUAAAUGGUUCUCCAGAAAAGAGACCCUCAACACAGCACUUGGUAGCUGAAUUG